AAACUGCAAAAUUACUCCAUUCGGUAAGUCGAUGAUCUAAUCAGAAAACCAUCGCCUUCGUCCUUCCAGCAAUCUCCUCUUUUUAUCUAUCCUUUUUAUCUUCCCAUAUCCAUCUAAAUCAUCUAUACAUACAUUAUUUACAUAGUAUUUCCUAUCCAUCCAACUCGACAGCCACGGCCACGUUGUUUCAAGUCCUGUCCGCUCUCGAAAAUUGUCUCGAUCGAGGUCGCCGCCGUCUCCACACCCACUGAUAACACUUCCCCAACAGAUCCCACCCCGCUCUGUACAUUCUUUUGCAACACCAUCGACAUCGUGAAAGCCACCUAAACGUUUUAUAGUACCAGUGACAAUGCCCGAAACGCAUACCUCCGCGCCUCAGGACAACGAGCAUGAACCUUCAAUUGGCAGUCGAUUCGAAAACCGAUUUGGUCCCGGGUGGAGAGUAGGGUUCGACAAUUCUAAUGAGCGAGGAGGCGUCGACGAAGAUGCUGCCGAAGACUCACCCCCUCCUCGUCGAGAAUCACUUGAUACAUCGGAUAAGGAGGUCGAAGCGGCCGAAAUGGAAACGCCAAAUGUUGAGAGAGAUGAGUUGGAGUCUGAUUAUGGGGAGCCAGUUCAACAGCAAGGACAUGUUGAUUCUGAAGAAGAGCUGGAUCAGAAAGAAUUGAUCAGAAGGGCUGCAGCCAGAAGAAGACAUCAAAACAAGAAAGAAGAGCAAGGUAGUGAUGGUCAGCCAUCCGCGAAAAAGAGAAAACCCCUCGCCCCUGCCAACGCAUCUCCAUUGCCUUCUCCGCCUCCUUCCACUGCUGUCACGGCGUCAGCUCAUCCUUCUGCUGGAACUUGUCCUGGUGACGGGAGAUGCAAUGGUGCUGGUGGCAAGGCUGGCUGCGAAGGUUGCCCAACCUACAAUAACUCGAUCGCUUCUGGAUUGGUCUCCGCCAGUAAUUCCCACGCAGCUUCACAUCCUCCCAAUGUGUCUGAAGGUAUUGAACGUCCCGUUCGAAACAUUUAUGAUCGCGAGCAUCGUCCUUACGGCUUCGACCGUUUCAUGGAGAACAGUAUGGGUAACGGUUUGGCUCCAAGGGCUUUACCUCGUCAGAGCCCUGAUCAACGACAGGCUCACCCUUCUCCCGUAACCACUCAGCCGUUGAUGCAUCCGACUUCCGAGAAGGGAACUCCAACAAGGUUCUCACCGGAUAGCGACGUCGAAACUCCUGCCGCUCCUGGUGGUAAUGGAUCGGGGCUUGCUGCUACUCCCGUUGGAAUGAGCUGCAGGAAUUGUGGGACAAGUACCACUCCUUUGUGGCGAAGGGAUGAAGAGGGUCGACCUCAAUGCAACGCAUGCGGUCUUUAUCACAAGCUUCAUGGUGUUCCUCGACCCGUAGCUAUGAAAAAGACUGUUAUUAAACGACGCAAGCGUGUUCCUGCUGUUGGUAGUACUUCUACUGGCGGUCGUGGCACAAAUGCCGAGCUCCCUUCACCUGCUAGUACGCCCGUUUCCGUUCCGACGGUCACCGCUCCGCCUCCUCACGUGGCACCGCCUCUUGAUGACAAGGCUCACCGUACCUCUCCUCCUUUUGGUCACCGUGCUUCUCAACCUCACUCGGAACACCGAAUCAACCAUUCUCUAGGUCCAGAGGCAUAUGGUCUUGCCGGUAGGUACGGUAAGCCUUCUACCCCUGCUGGUAUGAAUUUGCCUAGCUCCGCCUCCACCUCGUCUUUGAAUCUUCCCGAAAGGAAGAAGCCUUGGUGGCAAGAGGGCCGAGAAGGCCGAGACCGUGAGAAGGAAGAGAAAGACAGAGAAGCCAGGGAACGCGAAGGGCUUGCUGCAGAAGCACUUCUCACGAUGGCGCCCGCUGCUAAUGGCGGACCUUCUCCCGAAAAACGAGCCGAAAAGUCCUCCGGUGCUGGAUCUGUGCCUGCUUCUCAAUCUAGGCGUACAUCCAUUGACGUCGACAUGGCUGAUAGCGAGCCCCGAGGUAUUAAGAGAAAGAAUGAGGAAGAGUCACGUGACAUUCGCGAUCCUCGUGCUUCUAUGAGCCUUGGCCUUCACAGUAUGGACCGUGACCGAAAUAGGUCCAAGGACAGGACAUUUUCUCAUUCUCCUCUUAUCAGCACCGACCCUCGCUCUGUUCAGCCCUCCAAUUCCCACCUUCCAAGCUCUCGUCUAGGCCAGCCCCCCACGAGCUCAGCAUCUCCUUAUCCUGCCACUACCCAACAGGGUGCACCUAACCGUUACUCUGUAUACGGUCCUACCACUCGCGACCCACUUGCCGGUAGCUCCCCUUACUCUUUCAACGCUUCGCGAUAUUCCAACCUUCACAUGCGUCGCGACCUUUCUCCUUCUGUUGGUGGCGCCACCUCCAAGCCCAAUGUCCUUUCUCCCCCACGACGUGCAUCACCCGCGCCUGCUCCUGAUCCCCGGGAACGAUUUUAUCCCUCACCGUCCGCCGCCGCAUCUGCCGGCUCGGCGCCGGCCAGUGUCAAUGCUGCAAUGGCUGGCUAUGGUCACUACUCUAUGAGCCGCAGGGAGUUGCAGGAACACCGAGAGCAGCUCAAGGAAGGCAAGCGAUGGCUCGAAGCCAUGAUGGCUAAGACGGACAAGAUGCUGCACAUGGUGGAGAACAAAAUGGCUUUGACUGUUGAGAUGAGCUCUGGUCCUUCUGUAGCUGGACCUGGCGACAGGCCAUCUUUGUCUUCCAAUGCCAGCCCCGUCCCCCCACCUGGUGCAGUCCACAAGAUGAGCGACGAUUGGGAGUUUGAGGAGAGAGAAAGACAGAGACAGAAGGAAAUUCAGAGGCUUGAGCAGGAAAGGGAAAUGGACCGAGCUGAGAGGGAGAAACGUGAGAGGGAAAGGGAAAGGGAAAGACCUGGAUCUUAUGAGGAUGUCCGUGGGCGCCCUAGAGAUAAGUCGGAGGCUGAACGUAACCGUGACAUCCUUCUCGCGAGCCGUAGAGUUUCAGCGGUAUCCCCUAACCCGGCUACUCGAGCCGCUGCCGCGUCUCGUGAGAGUGCGGCGUCUUCCAACGGAAGCGCUCCUCAACAAGGUGAAAAGUCUCACGGCGGUACGAAUGGAGUUUCUGGCGGGAAGCGAGAAGGUAGUCAGUGGGACGGAGAACCCGUGAUGUCUGGUGUGCCUUUGCCUAGAAGAGAGCAGCAAAAUGGGAUUGGGAGCAGAUUGGGGAGAGGAUUGUGGAGUUUUGACGUUAGGAGUUGAUAGAGUUGGAGUUGGCACAGGCGACUAGUGAUUAUACAGGCAGUUGCUUUGUUGAAAGUUGAUAUACGAGUCGGAAUAUGGUUUAGAUCCUCUUUUUUUUAUCUGUCAUUCUAUGUACUAAGGGCAAUGCAUAAUCGAUCUAUACCGCU